AUUUCUAGAAAGAACUUGUCGAAGGUUUGACGUAUCGGAGAAGGUCCUAACAAUUUAGAAUAAUGAAAUAUCUUGCAGUUUUUGUGAUUUUUGCGUAUUUAUACGCAGCCCAUGCUAGUGUAUAUUUAGAAGAGAAAUUCAAUGAUGAUUCCUGGGAAAAGAAUUGGAUAUACAGCAAGAACCCAGAUAAAGAAUUUGGAAAAUUUGUUAGGACAGCUGGAAAAUUCUUUAAUGAUGAAGAAGAAGAUAAAGGUCUUCAAACAUCUGAAGAUGCACGUUUCUACGCUUUAAGUAGAAAAUUCAAAUCCUUCUCUACAGAAGGCAAAGAUCUAGUUAUCCAAUUUACUGUAAAACACGAACAAAACAUUGAUUGUGGUGGUGGAUACGUUAAAGUAUUUGAUUGUUCCUUGAAACCUGAGGAAUUACAUGGGGAAUCCCCAUACAGGAUUAUGUUCGGUCCCGAUAUUUGCGGACCUGGUACCAAAAAAGUACAUGUUAUCCUUAACUACAAGGAUAAAAAUGUUCUUAUUAACAAGGACAUCAGAUGUAAGGAUGAUAUCUACACUCACGCCUACACUCUUAUCAUUCGCCCAGAUAACACUUAUGAAGUACAAAUCGAUGGUGAAAAAGUAGAAUCUGGAGAGCUAGAAAGUGAUUGGGAUCUCCUUCCACCCAAGAAAAUCAAAGACCCAGAAGCCAAAAAACCAGAAGAUUGGGAUGACAGGGCCACUAUUCCAGACCCAGAUGACUCCAAACCUGAAGAUUGGGACAAGCCAGAACACAUCCCAGACCCAGAUGCUACCAAACCUGAUGACUGGGAUGAUGAAAUGGAUGGCGAAUGGGAACCACCAAUGAUUGAUAACCCUGAAUACAAAGGUGAAUGGAAACCAAAGCAAAUCGAUAACCCUGCAUACAAAGGUGCCUGGGUCCACCCUGAAAUCGACAAUCCUGAGUACACUCCCGAUAGCAACCUUUACAAACAAAAUGAAAUCUGUGGAAUCGGUUUCGAUUUAUGGCAAGUCAAAUCCGGUACCAUCUUCGAUAAUGUCCUCGUCACUGAUGAUGUAGACUAUGCAAAGAAAGCAUUGUCGGGUCUUAAAGAUAAACAAGAUGGCGAAAAGAAGGUUAAAGAAGAACAAGACAAAGCCGAAAGAGAAUCUGCCAGUGAAGAUGAAAAGAAAGAUGACGAUGAUGAUGAUGAUGAGGAUGAUGAUGCAGAAGAACAUGUGCCACAAGUAGAAGAAGGCGAUCACGAUGAGUUAUAAAAAGAGUGUAAAGUGAACUAAGAGACUUUUUUUAUAUAUUACAGGUGUGAAGUGUUUUGUUCGAUAGUGUGUACUGUUCCUUGACUGAUUUUUGUUAUUUUUGAUCGUAUUACUUCUAAUAAAACACAAAAUCG